UAUCGGUAAACGGAAUCAGUGAGUAGUUAAGAAUGAGUAGUCGAACAGGUAUCUGCCUGAAAAAUCAAAACAUCCCGAGGAAAAAAUGUUACUGUUUUCACAACUACUCGGUCGUAGUACGGUGAAAUUAUGACUUCGGCGUUCGUGGUCGGAGAUCAGUUCAGAAAAAGGGCGUCAGAGGUGUUGGAACAGACACACUCAUCCCUGCCUGAAGAGCUGAGAACGCAACUAAGGGCUCUCCUUAAAAACAAAGGACAAAUAACCUUGUCUUUUAGUACAGCAAGACAACUCAAGAAGUACCUCCAAGAUGCAGGUCAUCCGUUUUAUUUGCAUGAAUUGUUGGAGGAUAGUUCACUCCAUCUGCCUGAGGUUGUGAAACCCCCCAGAAACCCUGAGCUUGUCGCUCGCUUGGAAAUCAUGAAAGCCAGACUGGCAAACAAGGAAUACAACAAGAUGACACGUAAUGUAAACAACCAGGAAAUGAACCGUAAUGGAACACUGGCAGAGUUUGGACAGCAAGUACGAUCAGCCAAAGCUGUAGUUGUGACUGUUUUCAACUUCCUGGUGACAGUAGUUGCUACGUUUGCCUGCUCCUACAUGGGCAGUCAGUACCUAUUCACAGAAACAACAGCGCAAGUCAUAUCAGCUGUGAUCGCAUCUUCUGUAGUGGGACUAGCUGAGCUCUACAUCCUGGUCCGGACCAUGGAGGGGGAACUUGGAGAACCCUAGCACAACAAACAAGGGAACUAUACCAAAGUCAUGGGAUUAUUAUUAUUAUUAUUAUUAUUGUUGUUGUUUUGGUUAUUUUAUCAUAAUCAUUAUUGAAGCUGACAGUGUUUUCACAUUCACAUGAACAUUCAGUAUUUCACCUUCUUUGAGGAGUUUAUGGAUUGUAUUCUUUGGGGAGUGUGAUUAACCAAAUCAACACAAUUUCUUAAGGGGAAUAAAGAUGCUGAAAGUAUUCAAGUAUUCAGACACCCUUGAGUUUUUCACUGUUAUAUUGCACACAUUUAAUAAAAAAAUACUGAAGUUUUUUCCCCUCAAUGUAUACACAGUGCCCCAUAUUGAUAAAAAAAAAAUAAAUUGUUGCAGAUUUUU